GUGAAAACUCGAUUCGGGUCGGGUCUUAAACGGGUCAUCGGCUCACCACUUCUAAUCCUUGAAUAUGGAAGAAGAUAGUCAUCCUUCAAUCUUUCGUUUCAGUGUCAUUCAAGUGUAAAGUUUGUACCUUUCGAAUCAUUGGAUGGUUCUGGAUAUGGAGAAGAGUAUAUACACAUUUCUCACUGUGCACCGUUGGGAGUCACUGAACUGUAUGAAAUAUAGAUUGGCUUCCCUGAGGCCUGUUCAUGGAAGGUUGGCUCUGAAAUUUCUCAAUUGGGUCAUAAAGCAACCCAAUUUAGAGCUAAAACAUGUUACUCAUAUCAUCUGCUGUACUACCCACAUACUUGUUAGAGCUAGAAUGUACAACUUUGCCAAAACAACCUUAAAGCAAAUGUUACAACUGCCUAUUGGUUUGAACUCUGUCUUUUAUGCUUUGAUGGAUACGUACCCCAUUUGCAACUCAAACCCAGCUGUUUUUGACCUCCUGAUUAGGGUUUGUUUGAGGGACAAGAUGGUUGGAGAGGCUGUGCAGACUUUCUACUUUAUGGGAUUUCGGGGACUGAAGCCGUCUGUAUAUACUUGUAACAUGGUGUUGGGUUCCCUUGUGAAGGAGGAGAAAGUUGAUAUGUUUUGGUCCUUUUUCAAAGAGAUGCUUACCAAAGGGAUUUGUCCUAAUGUUGCUACAUUUAACAUAUUGCUGAAUGCGUUGUGCGAACGGGGGAAGUUUAAAAGUGCUGGCUUUCUCUUGAAGAAAAUGGAAGAAAGUGGUGUUUAUCCGACUGCCGUCACUUACAAUACCUUGCUUAAUUGGUAUUGCAAGAAAGGAAGGUACAAAGCAGCAUCUGAGUUGAUUGACUCCAUGGCAUCUAAGGGUAUUGGGGCAGAUGUUUGUACAUAUAAUGUUUUGGUAGGGAAUUUGUGCAAGGAAGGCAGGAGUGCAAAAGGUUAUUUAUUGUUGAAAAGGAUGAGAAGGAAAAUGGUGUAUCCAAAUGAGAUAACUUAUAAUACUCUUAUUAAUGGAUUUGUGAAGGAGGGGAAAAUUGAAGUUGCUGCAAAAGUUUUUGAUGAAAUGUCAUCAUUUAAUUUGUCGCCUAACAUUAUCACUUACAAUAUUUUGAUUGCUGGGCACUGUAGGAUGGGCAACAAUAGGGAGGCAUUGAGAUUGAUGGAUGUUAUGGUAUCAUGUGGUUUAAAACCUAAUGAAGUUACAUAUGGGGCUCUUUUGAAUGGGCUAUCCAAGCAUGCUGAAUUUGGACUGGUUUCUAGUAUUCUUGAGAGAAUGAGGAUGGAUGGGGUGGGAGUUGGUCACAUUAGUUACUCUGCAAUGAUGUAUGGAUUGUGUAAGAAUGGCAGGCUUGAAGAAGCUGUGCAGUUGUUGGAUAAUAUGAUAAAAAUUUCUGUUAGUCCCGAUGUUGUUACAUUUACGGUUCUCAUAAAUGGAUUUUUCAGGGUGGGGAAGAUAAAUAAUGCAAAGGAGAUUACGUGUAAGAUGUAUAGGACUGGACUUGUGCCAAAUAGUAUUUUGUGUUCAACAUUAAUCUACAAUUAUUGCAAAAUGGGAUAUUUAAAAGAGGCAUUAAAUGCUUAUGCAAUUAUGAAUCGUAGUGGUUAUGCUGCUGAUCACUUUACAUGUAAUGUGUUGGUUGCCGCUUUCUGUAGAUGUGGAAGACUUGAAGAGGCUGAGUAUUUUAUGGAACACAUGAACAGAACUGGUCUUGAUCCUAAUUCCAUUACUUUUGAUUGUGUUAUAAAUAGUUACGGAAAUUCUGGUGAUGUGUUAAAAGCUUUUUCUGUAUUUGAUAAAAUGAAUUGUUUAGGCCAUUUGCCAAGUCAAUUCACGUAUGGGGGUCUAUUGAAAGCACUUUGCAGAAGUGGACAUAUUAAUCAAGCAUGGAAGCUUUUCCAUAGACUUUGUUCUGUUCCUAAUGCCGUUGAUAAUGUAAUAUUCAACACAAUGCUUACUUCUACAUGUAGAUCAGGAAAUUUAUCUGAUGCAGUUGCCCUUAUUAAUGAGAUGGUUACAAAUGAUUUUCUGCCUGACAAUUUUACAUACACUAAUAUUAUUACGGGGCUGUGCAAGAAGGGUAAAAUAGUUGCCGCACUCCUUUUGUCAGGAAAGGCAAUUGAAAAGCGAUUAUUAUCUCCAAAUCCUGCUGCGUACACCAGCUUAGUCUAUGGACUUCUUAAGCAUGGACAUUCAAGGGCAGCUUUCUAUAUUUUUGAAGAAAUGCUAAGCAAAGGUGUGGAGCCUGAUACUAUAGCAUUCAAUGUGAUAAUAGAUUAUUACUUAAGGAAAGGGAAAAUGUCGGAAGUCAAUGAUAUUCUUUCAACAAUGAAGAGUAAAAAUGUAUGCUUCAAUUUGGCUACUUACAACAUCCUACUACAUGGAUAUGCAAAGAGGAAUGCAAUGGCAAGUUGUUCUAUGUUAUACAAAGACAUGAUCAGAAACGGUUUUCUACCAGAUAAGUAUUCAUGGAACUCUCUUAUUCUUGGGUUUUGUAAUUCCAAAUCAUUUGAUGUUGCUAUUAAAAUUUUAAGAUGGAUAACACUGAAAGGUUUCAUAACGGAUUGCUCUACAUUUAACAUGCUUAUUUCCAAGUUCUGUGAAAGGAAUAAGACGAAAAUGGCCUACGAUCUGUUAUAUCAAAUGAAUCAGUUUACAAUAAUUCCCAAUGUAGAUACAUACAAUGCCCUUUUUAAUGGACUCGUUAGAACUAGUGAUUUUGAUAAAGCCCAUUGUGUUUUGCAAGCCUUGUUGGAAAGUGGUUCUGUUCCUACAAUUAAACAAUAUAUUACUUUAAUCAAUGGUAUGUGUAGAGUUGGGAACAUAAAAGGAGCAUUGAAACUUCAAGAUGAAAUGAAAACACAUGGUGUCAGCUCCCACAAUGUUGCAAUGAGUGCUACUGUUAGAGGGCUUGCAAAUUCAAAGAAUAUAGAAAAUGCUAUUUGGGUUCUUGAUUUGAUGCUUGAGAGGCAAAUCAUUCCAACUGUUGCUACUUUCACUACAUUAAUGCACGUCUGUUGCAGAGAAACGAAUGUUGCAAAAGCUUUAGAAUUGAGGAGCACAAUGGAACAUUGUCAUUUGAAGCUUGAUGUUGUUGCGUAUAAUGUUCUUAUAUCUGGCCUUUGUGCUAGUGGAGAUAUUGAAGCAGCUUUUAAACUUUAUGAAGAGAUGAAACAUAGAAAUCUUUGGCCUAAUACGUCUAUAUACAUUGUUCUUAUUGAUUCUCUCUGUGCUGGAAAUUAUCAUACUGAAAGUGAAAAACUUUUGAGGGACAUACAAGCUAGGGAACUGGUUUCUUUUAAUUCAUGUGGAGGAACCAAAAGAUUGAAUGAAUUAUUGAUUAUUGCUAGGAAAAAGUUAAUUCAUUUGAGAAACAAAAUGAGAAGAAAGUUUGGUUGAUCGCACUGUGCUUUUUCUUUUCCAGAAUAUGUAUUGACUGAUGAGGCUGACCAACAGUUCUGUUACUCAUACAGAUGCGAUAUUCCUAUACGGUCGGUUCUUUCACUGGGUCAGUUCAAUUUUCAAAAAUAUGUUCCUUCAAGCAAACUGUGCUCAGUUAAAAUCCUUUGAGAGACACCUGCAUCGGAAAUCCUUGUAUGCCCUGGGCUUUUGUUUAGAGUUUCAGACUUUUUGAUGGCCACCACAACAUGACAGUACCAAAUCGGGUUUUGCAUGGCUGCUCAUAACAGCCGCAUUGGUUGUCGGAGUGGCCAUGACAGAAUUUGUAAACCGGAUGGCACUCCUCUGCGUAAGGAUGAAGAAGUCCCAUGUCAGUGCAACCCAACCCCAUCCGAGAUGGAUUUAUAUUUCAGGCCUUAUCAAUACAGCCGGUAAUAAUUACUGGGAUGUACCAUUUCCAAUUGAUGAAGCUUCUGUGUGACUAUCCGUGAUUCUUCUAGUGCUUCUCCCUUGGCAGUGUUCUUAACCCAAGCUGUUCAAAAGGAUUCAAAUUCAAAGAAUGAAGAAUCACCUUCUCUACUUCCUGGUUUUUCCUUCAAAAGCUUUUUCUCAUACAGGAAGUACGUUGAUAUUUAGAGAACUGAAGAUCCUGAGUUGAAAUUGCUGCAACCUUACAAAUGCUCGUGGGAUAAUGCAACUUUACAAAUGCUGGGUGUUAGUUAGAGCUGAUUAAAGAAUUACUGUUAAUUAAGAAUUUGAGACCGGCCUUGGCUAAUUGGUACCGUGGAAAUCUCUUGUUCCUUAAGUUGCAAGUUGGUAAAUGCCCAUUAAUUUUCAUGCUACCCAAUGACUUAUCCAUGGAUUCCUGCUUGUCACUUCCAAAGCUAAUUGGUCUGUAUUAUUCUAUCUCUCUUGGGCAUGUUAUUGUGGAAAUGGAAAUAAUACACAUAGCCAAAGAAAAUUAUCUAAUUUCACCAGUGUAGGGAUGACCAAUAUUUGAAUAAAAAAUUAUUUGCAACGUGUA